AUUUUAUAUUCGUUGGAAAAACUCCCCUUGUUCUUUUCUUCUUGAUUUAUAGCAGUUUCUAACCCCCACUCAAUUUCUUUUUUACCCCUAAACCUCUUCAGCCUGAAAGGAAGGUUGCUUCUGUAUUUCCUGAGAGGAAGCCUUCCCUGGCAGGGGCUAAUAUGAUGAUAAGAUUAGCGAAAAGAAAGUGUCGACUUCUAUAGAGGUUCUCUGUAAGUCAUAUCCAUCUGAGUUUUUCUCUCGUAUACUGUCGUUCUUUGCGGUUUGAAGAUAAACCUGAUUAUUCCUAUUUGAAGAGGCUUUUCCGAGACUUGUUUUUAAGAGAAGCGCCCCCCCCCCCCUUUUUGUUGAUCUGUUGGAGGCUUGGAGUUGUCAAUUUAGUAAAUCCCUUAGCUUUGAAGAUAGUGUUUUGUUUUUGUUUGGCUUGAGAAUGGAUAAUGUGAUUGGUGGUAAGUUCAAGCUUGGAAGAAAGAUUGGCAGUGGCUCUUUUGGAGAGCUUUAUUUAGGGGUAAAUGUGCAAACUAAAGAGGAAGUUGCUGUCAAACUGGAAUCUGCAAAGACCAAGCAUCCACAGCUUCAUUACGAGUCGAAAUUGUAUAUGCUUCUUCAAGGAGGAACGGGUAUUCCACACCUUAAGUGGUUCGGAAUUGAGGCAGAUUACAAUGUUAUGGUAAUUGACCUUCUUGGACCUAGUUUGGAAGAUUUGUUCAACUACUGCAACCGGAAACUUUCGUUAAAGACGCUGUUGAUGCUUGCUAUCAGUUAAUUAAUAGAGUAGAAUAUAUGCAUUCAAGAGGUUUCUUCACCGUGACAUAAAGCCUGGCAACUUCUUGAUGGGCCUAGGACGCAAGGCAAAUCAG